AUGGGAAAUUUCAAAGGUCAUGCACUCCCUGGAAGCUUUUUCUGCUUCAUGAGUCUGUGGUGGAGUACAAAAUUCACUCUGAAGUAUGCCUGCAAAAAGUACAAGCGAACUUGCUACCUUGGUUCCAAAGCAUUAUUCCAUCGAAUAGAAAUUCUUGAGGGAAUCAUCAUAAUUGGCAUGGCUUUAAUUGGUAUGGCUGGGGAACAAUUUAUUCCUGGAGGACCUUACUUGACCUUAUAUGACUACAAGGGAGACCAUUGGAACCAGCUCCUAGGCUGGCAUCAUUGCACUAUGUAUUUCUUCUUUGGGCUCUCUGGCGUGGCAAACGUCUUAUGUCACAUCUAUCAUUCACUUCCUGUCUCUUUAACCAAGUUAGCGAUGUCAAAUGCCUUUUUUGUGGAGGCUUUUAUCUUCUACAACCACACUCAUGGCCGAGACAUGCUGGACAUCUAUGUGCACCAGCUGCUGGUCUUGGUCAUCACUGGGACAGGUCUAAUCGCUCUCAUCGAUUUCAUGAAGAGCAACAUUAUUUUGAUGCUUUUGUAUUCAAGCCUCGUCUGGCUUCAGGGGACCUGGUUCUGGCAGAUUGGCUUUGUACUGUAUCCCCUCAAUGGAGGUCCUGCAUGGGAAGCAAUGGACCACGACAACAUUAUGUUUCUUACUAUAUGCUUUUGCUGGCAUUAUGCGAUCAGCCUUAUCAUCAUGGGAUUGAAUUAUGCCUUGGUCACCUGGUUGGUUAAAUCUAAACUUAAGAGGUUCUGCUCUUCGGAAAUUGGACUCCUGAAAAAUGCUGAACGAGAACAGGAAUCGGAAGAAGAGAUGUGA